AUGUCUUUAAAUUACAUCAAGAACUUCUAUGAAGGAUGUCUUAGGCCUCCAACUGUGAUUGGCCAAUUCCACACACUUUUCUUUGGCUCAGUUCGGAUGUUUUUCCUUGGAGUUCUGGGUUUUGCAGUUUAUGGGAACGAAGCCUUACACUUCAGUUGUGAGCCAGACAAGAGAGAGGUUAACCUAUUCUGUUACAACCAAUUCAGGCCUAUAACCCCACAGGUAUUCUGGGCUUUACAGCUAGUGACCGUACUGGUACCUGGAGCCAUUUUCCAUCUUUAUGCUGCAUGUAAAAGCAUCGCUCAGGAAGAUAUCCUCCAAAGGCCUGCCUACACCGUUUUUUAUAUUCUCUCUGUUCUGUUAAGGAUCAUCCUUGAAGUUCUGGCUUUUUGGCUUCAGAGUCAACUCUUUGGUUUCCAGGUGAACCCACUCUACCGAUGUGAUGCAGGAGCCCCUGAUAAAAAGUUUAAUAUUACCAGGUGCAUGGUGCCAGAACACUUCGAAAAGACUAUCUUCCUUAUUGCCAUGUACACAUUUACGAUGAUUACAAUUGCAUUGUGUGUUGCAGAGAUUUUUGAGAUCCUGUGUAGAAGAUUGGGCUUCUUGAAUAGUCAGUAACUUUAUUGUUAUGAUGACGUGUUCCUUUGUUUAUUAUUUUUAUAGAGAAUGGAAUUUUCAAUUCACAACAAAAUUAGUCCUUCAGAUAAUGUCGGGUGACACUGGUAACAAAGUUUGAUGACACAGAGUGGAUCCAAAUUUAAGCUGGAUCAACUGUGCUUGUGAAAGUAGAAUUCCCAGCUCCAACUUCCCAUGGAAGCCCUUUAAAAUAUUACCCAGAGAUAUCAUGUUCAGAGGAUAGGCUGCAAGUAAUUGUGAGCUACUCACAUGUGAGUAGCUCAUGCGUAUUUAUUUAUUUAUUACAUUUUUUAUAAAAGCCACCCAUUAGCAUCACACUCUCUGGGCAGCCAUUACAAUAAAAGCAUAGAACUCAUGGGUGUCAUAUUAAAUUGUGUUCUGUGAACCUGGCAAGAGUGGAUUAAAAGAGGGAUGUUUAAUCCUCAUGUAAGGCAUGUUUGCUGAGUCUCCAUGACAGAAUAACCCCUGAGUUGGUAUUGCAUAUUUACG